UCGAAAAUUGUAAAAUUAAUUCGAAAUAAAGCUAUUAAUCAUCAUUAUUCUGAAUUUGCUUAAAAGAAUUUUAUAAGUUCAUUAAAGAUGAUGGUUUAUAAGAUAUUCUUCGUUACUUUUUGUUAUAUUUUUGAUUUUUCUCACAGUACCAUUGAUAUUAAUAGAGCCGAAUUACAAAUGGUGGCAGAUAGCCUUACUUCCAGCGAAUGUAGACGUCUUUUGGAGAGUUUGCAUCGAGACGACUACAUUUUGGAUCCAUUUCCGUCGGGCAAUCACGAACCAAAAAACAUCCCGUGUCUUCGUUUGCUUGAACAUUGGAAUACGCACGAAGCAAAGAAUGAAACAUAUCAUUUACUAGCUCUAAGACUGGAACAAAUGGGAAAAAUUAAUGUAGCUGAUCGAUUAUCACGAAGUGUAAAUCGCGAAGUAUCCAACGCAUUGAGGAGAGAUUUUCAUUUACCAGAAAUCGAAGAUCCAGAGGAGGAAAAACAUCAAGACAUUUCAAAUGUGGAUAUUUCCAAACUAUUUUUAUCAGACAAUAUUGUACGUAGAUCACCAACGAAUCCAAUGUACAUCGUUAUUGUUAUAUUAUGUUCUUGCAUUUCCGUAAUUAUAGUAAUUAUUGUCAUUAUUUCAUUAGUCGAAAAAUUUCUUCCGGAUGUUUAUGAAAGAAUGAGAAUUAUUUUUUAUCAGUCAUUCACAGGCUAUUCACCACCUGAAGAACGUCAUUACAUGUGUUGUUAAGUUCAUCUUCUGCUUGAAAAUUACUUAUAUAUAAUAUGUACUUGGUUUUAUUAAUAUUAAUAUUAACCUAAAUCUACAAUUCUGAUGUAAUGAUUUGAUAUAAAGAAUUAUAUAUUUAAAAUUAUAAAAUUCUAAAUAAAAUAAUUCACUUGAUACUUCAGUUCUAAAACUAAAGCAUGGAUGACCGGAUAGCUAUGGUGAUUGUUGCAUUAACUAAUCGAUCUGGGAAACCCAGGAUCUAAUUUAGAAGAGUAACUCGAGAAUUUUCCCGGAGUGUUCCGUUCUUUAUCACCCAGCUACCCCUCAACGUGGGCCUAUGAAGAGCAUGAGAAAAGACCCCUUGCUAUGCACAGAGCAGAAAGAUUAAAAAAGUCGGUAAUGUAUGAUUUAUGUAUUAUUGAAAUAAGCAUAAUA